AUGAUUCCUUACCGUCGUAGAGUUUGUAGGAAAUACUUAGGGCGAUCGCAGUCCCCAGUCCCCUCGCAUUGUGGUGACGCCUGGCCCUGCAGCUCAAGGUUGGUUGAGUACGGGUUCGCCCAUCUCGGUAUUCUCGUCAUGUUUGCCGCAGUCUGGCAUUGGUCACGAGCCCCUAACAACAUUCCUACCAAGGUCUGCCAUGCUGUCAUCGCUGCGCUAGCAUGUCUGGGCUUUCUGCACACUGUUGCCGACUUUUCCCCGGGGUUUUCACGCAUCGUCAAUGGCUUUUUCGAUCAGCCCAGUUGUCGACGUAUCACCGGCAGCUUCGAUAAUGUCAAGUGGUCAUUCAAUGCUACUGGCCAGUGCAAUACGACGGCCCAGGAAAGUGCGAUACAAGGUGCCGUCGCGGAGUACAUUCGGAUUGCGGAGAAUGGGACAGUCUGCGAAAUACAGUGUUUGCGUCUGGAUCAAGGCGGCACUUGGAAUGGGUGGUUGAAGCUGGGCAAGGUCAGCAACUUUAGCGAGGAUGCUUACUGUGGUGUCGGCCUACCUUUCGAUGGAUGUAUCUCUGAUGGAAACAACGACAUUUAA